UUAACUGAAAACAGAACCUGGAUUUGACUCUAGCACAGAACAAUACUGCUACAUUUCCUUCAAGUUUAUUACUGCAGAUUACCAUAUGUAGUCAAACUUUUAUCCGGAAACAAUGCUUAUGGAUUUUUAAUAUUGUAGGACAUUCAUGAGUCUACUUAUUGCUUCAGAAAUCCAUGUGACACCACCACAACCAGAACAACAAACAUUUGGAAACUUUUCAUCUGACUUUGGAGCUUUACUGCAACGCAUACACAGGAAAGGAAUCAGAAUAACUUUCUUGGAGACCGGAGAUUUCCUCUCGGCUUUCUCCAAGCCAACAUGAACUCACUCAUCUGGACUUUGUACCUGCUGCUAAUUAGUCGCAUGCCUGCAGGAGGAAAGAGACAACAACUCCAUGUCGAAAGCAACACUGAAAUGCAUACUGUUGCUCAUAAUCGAUACAGGCGUUCACCUGAUAUCAGCAAAUGUUCUUACACUUUCUUGGUCCCACAUCAAAGGAUAACAGGUCCUAUCUGUGUAAGUUCAAAGAAUCCAGAUACAGACAACAAUGGGCUAAGUAAAAUGGAUAUGGAAGAGCUGAAGGAGAUUAUGUCCAAACAGAAGAGGCAAAUUGAAAACCUUCAGCUGUUAGUGGAAGUGGACGGAGGAAUAGUGAAUGAGGUGAAACUGCUACGGAAGGAAAGUCGGAAUAUGAACUCACGUGUAACACAGCUUUACAUGCAGCUCUUGCAUGAAAUUAUUCGCAAAAGGGACAAUUCGCUGGAAUUCUCUCAGCUAGAAAACAAAAUUUUGAAUUCUACAGCUGAGAUUCUGCGAAUGGCUACCAGAUACAGACAACUAGAACAGAAGUAUGCAGUAUUGUCUGCUCUUGUUAAUAAUCAAUCUGUGAUCAUAACUAAAUUAGAACAAGAAUGCAUACGUAGUCUUACUCCGAAGGACUACGAACCACCACCUCUCGUGCAAGUUGUACCACAAUCCAUUCCUCGCAGCAGGCAAUACCAGACCAAUUUAUUCGGCAGUAAUGAAAUACAGAGGGAUCAAAAUCCCACAAUUGCACGGGAACGAGGGCUUCGCUCAAGAGCUCCUUCACAUGAACCUUCUCCUACAACUGCUACCAUUACAGAAUCACCAGUUACUGAGGAGUUAGAUGGUCCAUGGAAGGAUUGCUAUCAUGUCCGGCAGGCUGGAUAUUCAAACAGUGGCAUGUAUCUAAUCAAACCAGAAGGCACCGAUAAGCUAAUGCAAGUUUGGUGUGACCACAGCCACAAUGAGGGAGGCUGGACUGUAAUCCAGCGUAGGGUUGAUGGGGCAGUCAACUUCUUCAGGAACUGGGAGAACUACAAGAGAGGGUUUGGCAAUAUUGAUGGAGAACACUGGCUUGGACUGGAGAACAUUUACAGACUAACUGCACAGGGAAACUACAAGCUAUAUAUUAAAUUGGAAGACUGGAAUGAUAAGAAAGUCUAUGCUGAGUAUAAUGCCUUUAGAACAGAGGAUGAGGAUGAUAACUACAGACUACGAGUUGGCAGCUAUCAAGGGAAUGCAGGGGACUCUUUAAUAUGGCACAAUGGCAAGCAGUUUACAACACUUGACAGAGACAGAGAUUCAUACUCAGGUAACUGUGCUCAUUUCCACAAAGGUGGCUGGUGGUACAAUGCUUGUGCACAUUCUAAUCUGAAUGGAGUUUGGUACCGUGGAGGUCAUUAUCGCAGCAAGUACCAAGAUGGAGUCUACUGGGCUGAAUUUCGAGGGGGCUCCUAUUCUCUGAAAAGUACGGUAAUGAUGAUCAAGCCUGAAUAA